UAAAAUUCCGUAGGCAUUCCGUAAAUUAAAAACCUCAAAAUGAUAGAUCUGUUUAUGCCCAUACGUUCGUUUUUAAAAUUCGGGAAUGUAUGUACAGAUAACAAUGUGUUCCGCAUGCAUUACAAAGCAACAGUGAUAAUGUUAUUGGUUUUCACACUUCUGGUCACUUCUAAGCAAUUCUUUGGUGAGCCCAUCCACUGCAUGACGCAAGAUAAGGCGGAUAACAAGGAGGCUAUUAACAGCUACUGCUGGAUUUAUGGAACUUAUACAUUACGAAGUAGAUUUCUGGGUGAGGAAGGAAAGCACAUGGCCUACUUGGGCAUUGGACCCGACAGAGGUGUACCAAAUGAACAACUGAAGCACACAUACUACCAGUGGGUCUGCUUUGUUCUGUUGGGACAGGCUAUGAUGUUUUACACCCCUCGUUAUCUGUGGAAGAUCUGGGAAGGUGGUCGAUUGAAGGUGCUGGCAUCUGACUUGGCCAGUCCAAUGGUGACCAAGGAUUGGUCAGAAUAUCGCCGAGGGGAGCUGAUAUCAUACCUCAGUUACACCAACAUCUAUACACACAAUAUGUAUGCACUGCGAUAUACCUUCUGUGAAAUUCUGAACCUGGCUAAUGUAGUGGGUCAGAUUUUUCUGCUCGACUUAUUUCUCGGUGGAGCCUUCCGGAAUUACGGUACAGCUGUUGCAGCAUUCAGCCAUGCGUACCAAGUUCCUAGCAACUUUAUGGACUUUGCAUCUGUCAAUCCUAUGGAUGAAUUCUUUCCUAAACUGACAAAAUGCUUCUAUCGUAUGUACGGGCCAUCUGGAACUAUCGAAGUUAAAGACAGACUGUGUGUCCUACCACUAAACAUUGUUAAUGAAAAGAUUUUUGUCAUACUAUGGUUUUGGUUGAUUUUCCUAGCUUUGUUGUCAACAAUUGCAGUGCUUUUUAGGAUUUUAGUGCUCUCUCUACCACCAUUACGUACAUAUCUGAUCAUGGGUCAGGUGAGAUAUGUCAAAAGGAGGGUAGUUACGAAAAUAGUUAAGCGCUUUAGCUUCGGCGACUGGUUCAUAUUGUACUUGCUGGGCAAAAAUAUGAAUCCUAUUAUAUAUAAGGACUUGAUCAUAGAACUUUCUAAAGAAUUAGAAAGUAAGCCUCUAAUGGUUUAGUUAAGAU